CAUGACCCUACCAAAAUCUAAUUUGAAGUACAUUGACUCGACGAAAACCAAACCCAAAUUUGACUUGAACAAGAUUCAAAUCCAACCCAAACACGUGAAUUAGCAUAUCUUGUUAUUGAACACUAUUGAUUAUUCGAGGUGUCAAAAGCUAACCCAACCGACCCGAUCCAAAUCCAACCCGAACCAAAGCUGAUUUAAAUUUCAACUUGUAUCAGUUGUAUGGAUAUAAUAAUUUAACAUAACUCACAUUUAAAAUAAAUUUGACCCCACCCUACCCAACCCAACCUCGCCAAACCCGACCCAAUUAUCCAAAUUGACACCUCGUUCCAUAUUUCUCUUUCUUUCCCGAAAUAAAAUAAAAAAAGAAUAUAAAAAUCAUUUUCCCGCAAAAAUCAUCGUACUUGGAAACUACUGGAAUGAAAGACCGCCCAUUAUACUAAAACCCCAAAGAGAAACCCAAAAAUAAGCAGCAAAAAUUGAAAAAAUGGAGUUGAAAUGCAACGAUGUGAAGAUCUGGAAAGAGGCUCUAACUUCCUACCAAUCUCGCAUUCUUUCUCUUAGUCUUAACAAACCGAACCUUGUUUGCCUAGAUGAUUUCUACCGUACUCAACUUCCUUCACUUAUUCAUUCCCGCAUCCCUACUCCCUACCUCACUCAAUCCGAGCUCCACUCUCUCAUGCAAUGGAAGCUCACCCGCGGCAAAUUCAGACCAAGGUUACUGGGUUUUGUGGCGGCCCUUGAUGAAGAAGUUGUGAAGUCGGCAUCUCAAAAAGCUUUUCUAUCUCUGCCGGAUGAUUUAUCUAAAGCCGUUUCGGAACUUACGGUUCUUAAAGGUGUCGGGCCAGCCACUGCCUCUGCUAUCCUCGCUGCGUAUGCCCCUGAUCUUGCUCCAUUUAUGUCCGAUGAGGCUAUGGAAGCCGUGUUGGGUCAGUCAAAAGAUUACUCGUUGAAACAAUAUCUUCUGCUUGCCAACAAGUUAAGAGAGAAGGCAAAGGAAUUAAGUUCAGAAGAUGAGCAAUUCACAGCAUCGGAUGUGGAAAGGGCUCUCUGGAGCUCUGCUGUUGGAGCUAAACUGACUGCUUCCUCUGCAAAGGCGCAACAAGAUACUUCAACGAAAUCUUCUGGGAGAAAAAGAAAAAAGUCUGCUUAACUCUUGCUGUUAGAAUGAUGCCAAGGAUUUGUGCCAAUACUUGAUUCACAAAUCACACUAGAGAAUUAGCCUCCGUUUUGUUAGCUGGCACUCUUACUUUUAAAUUCUGACCACAAUUAGCUGCUGCGGUAGUGGUUUUAGGAUGUUUAAGACGUGCUAAGUUUGCUUAGAAAUUUAACAAUGGUUAGAAAUAGGUAUCAGCAACGGUUUAUCUGACACUGUACUCGAUAGAUGUAACAAACUUGUUUUAUCUUCUCCUGCUCCAGCCCCUAUCACUACUACAAAAAUGUCAAUUAACAAUGGUUAGAAAUAGCUAUCAACAGCGAUUGUCAACUGUUGUAGUGUAAGUGAUGUUGUAGGAGGGGGUAUCAUUAUACAAUGGUUGGGACGUGGGAGGAACCCCAAAAUGAAUUGGGCAGGUUGAUCCGUAACAAGGAAAAUAUAAAAUCAGUGCAAAGUUAUUGAAUUAGAAUGUAAACCUUAAUUAAGUAGGAUAUAAGAGAAUUUAAUGUAAUAACUUAUAAGUCAAGGGAUGUUGUGUUCCCCUAAAAUCAGUUAAG